AUGAGGCGACUGGCCCUAGAACUUGAACAAGCACGAGACCUCGGAUGUACAAUCUAUGCCGAUGACAUUACGCUCUGGGCACACCGGGGUUCCUAUGGAGAGAAACAAGACCUACUACAGGAGGCCAUAGACAAAGUGGUAAACUUCACCAAACACGUGGGUAUGACGUGCGCACCCGGAAAGUCUGAGUUCAUGAAAGUACGCAUCAAGCGUCGUAAGAAAGUUGCCAUCCCAAGGAUUGACUUAUAUCUGGAUGGCCACGCCAUUCGCGAAGUCACCCACAUGAGAGUGCUGGGCUUACUUAUACAAGAUAACGGCAACGUCGAUGCCACAAUUCGGAGUUUAAAACCAACCGUUCGGAACGUGGCACGCAUGAUCUGUCGAGUGGGACGCAGCCGCAACGGUAUCGCGGAGGACGAAACUAUCAGGCUGGUGCAAUCGUUUGUGAUUAACCGCAUCAUCUACGGCCUCCCUUUCCGAAACCUCAACAAAACUGAAAUGAGGCAAGUGGACACCCUUAUCAGAACGGCAUACAAAUCUGCUCUGGGUCUCCCGAACACAGUCAGCACGGAUCGUCUGGAGCGCUUGGGUAUAUACAACAAAUAUGAAGAACAUGCCGCCGCAGUUCUGAUAUCACAAAGAGAAAGGCUGAGCUCUCAGCCGCAGGGCCGGUCUAUCCUCCGACGGCUGGGAUACGAACCUCGACCCCUGUUCUGCGGCGACCCUCAGACUUGUUGUCUCGAAAUUUGA